AUGGCCAAGUCAAAGGACAAACGCUCGGCUAAGACGGACACGCCCAAGAAGAGCCACAAGUCAGACAAGCCAGACAAGUCCCUCAUCAAAGUCGACAAAAAGGCGUUUGACCCGGCGCUAGCAUCGCUGUUUGCUGCCAGUGCCGGACCUGUGCAAGCGCCCUCAAAGUCACGGUACCAAGCGCGCGAACAAGCGAAAGCGACCAAAAAGUCCAGCGAAGAUGAAGACGAAGGCGAUGCGAACGAUGCGGAACUGAGCUCGGCAUCCGAAAGCUUGCCUUCCGACGAUGAGGACGAAGAGGAAGACGAAGAUGAGGACAUGUCGGAUGCCAGCGACGACGCUGAAUCUGAAGACGAGGCCGCGCUAGCAAAACUGGGUGAAGCCGUACUGCACGGCGCAAAGGAAAAGCCAAAGAAGCGCAAGCGCGGCGAGAAGGAGGAGAUCGAGGAUGCAUAUAUGCGCAAAGUAGCGCGCGAGGAGGAGAAGGAGGAGGAGCAAAGACAGAAGAAGCGCAAGACCGAGGAAGAGGACGACGAGGAUUCUUCAGACGAGGACGACGAGGAUGAGUCUUCGGAUGAGGCAGAUGAGGGCAAAGAGACCAAGGACGCGGACAAGGCCGAAGACAUCGCAAUUCCCAAGCAUGAGUCGCUCAUGGAGAAGACCGACGAGAGCGCAUCCGAGGUGGAGAAGGCGUCUCGCACUGUCUUCCUGAGCAACGUCUCGGUCGAGUGCAUAAGCUCAAAGCCCGCAGAAAAGGCUCUCAAGAAGCACCUGGAGUCCUUCAUACCUGACCUCGCCGAUAACAAGCCCCCGCACAAGAUCGAGUCGAUACGUUUCCGAUCAACGGCUCUCGACCCCUCGCUUCCCAAACGCGCUGCCUUUGCAACCAAAGACAUCAUAGACGCGACUACCAAGAGCACUAACGCAUAUGCUGUUUACACGACCAAGGUAGCCGCAAGAGAAGCUGUCAAGAAACUCAACGGCUCUAUGCUGCUCAACCGCCAUCUCCAUGUCGAUUCACUAGCCCAUCCCAUGAAGGUUGAUCACCGCCGCUGUGUCUUCGUCGGCAAUCUUCCCUUCGUAGACGAAGAGUCCCAAACACCCGUGGCAGAAGGCGAGAAGCCCAAGAAGAAGAAGGCCGCCUCUGAUAUCGAAGAGGGUCUCUGGGUACACUUUGGUAAAUGCGGCAAAAUCGAGAGCGUGCGCGUAGUCCGCGAUGCCAAGACAAGAGUCGGAAAGGGUUUCGCCUACGUUCAGUUCGUAGAUGAGAACGGCGUCGAAGCCGCGCUGCAACUCAACGAAAAGAUGUACCCACCUAUGCUCCCUCGCAAACUCCGUAUUACACGUUGCAAAGCGGAGAAGAAGACCAAGGAGAAGCCGAGAGGCCCACCGCCAUCCAAGGCACCCAGGCCGGGCGGCAAUCCUGGUGCCGGUUACAAGCAGAAGUUGACUGAGGAGCAAAAGUCGAUGCAAGGACGUGCUAGAUCGAUGCUGGGCAAGGUCGCCAAGGCACAAACAAAAGAGGGCUUCGUGUUUGAAGGCCACAGGGCGAGUGAGAGACAGGGCAAGAGUGGGCUCAAGUUCAAGGGCAGUGGCGGCCAAAAGAAGGGUGCCAAUGGACGCAAGAGCAGAAGUGCGGGCUGGAAAAAGAACGGUGGAAAAAAAUAG